AUGCGCUUCUCCAUCGCCCGCUUCGCCAUCGCUACGGCAUUAGUGCCGGCCGCGCUCGCAGCGCCGCUCGGAAAUGAACUGGCACCCGCUCUCGAAACCAGAGACCCCGCAGGCGGCAUCAUCCACAUCAGCAAAAACCACGACGCGAGCACACGCAUCAGCAACACGCCCCCGGAGGCCCGCUCGCUAGAGCCCCGCGGACUCCCGAUCCCAAUCCACGACACGAUAACCGAGACGUCGCAAAUCGCACUCCUGCAGGCGUGGGACGAUCUCGGCGUCUCCACCGACGAGCCCCUCGACGUGAAGAGCAAGUCCGCAGGCGGCUCGAGCAAAGAGGACAAAGUGUUGCAGAGCCUGACGGGGUCGGAGGACGAGGGCGUGCGGAAGCUGCUUGCGCCCAAGGGGGCGGUGGAUGCCGAGGUUGAGGAAGUCAAGAUCGAGCCGAUGACGGGGAAUGGUGUUAAGGGGAGCGUGUAUUAUGCUGUCUCUUAG